GCUGGAUUCACUUCUAGAAGAGAUUUAGAUAAUGUAAAUAAUUGAAAUAUACAGAGAGUUAAAAUGUCAAGUUUAUCUGGGCUACCACCUCUACCGAAGAGUCUCAGUGGUAUUCUAAACCUCUCAAACUCUGAGUCUAACACUAGAGAAUCAUCUCCUGCACACACACUUCGUUCUUCUCCAUACAGAACAACUAGAAGUAGUUUACCUGCAGUACCCUCAGCUGCUGUUCAUGCCUUCAAUCCAGCAGGAGAAGGAGGAUCAGGAGGAUCAGGAGGAUCAGGAGUAGCUGGAGGAUCAGGAGGCUCCCUAAAUGUUGGAGGAUUAACCGGAGGAUUUUCUAGACCAAGUUUAUUAGGUUCACAGAACGGACUCAGCUCUGCAACGGCUAAAGCACAAGUAAACAGGAAGUUCAGUAGCCUCGACUCCCAGCUGACUUAUCUCAGGAAGGAGAUGGUAAGUUUGAGACAGGUUGAUAUGAACCUACUCUGCCAACUCUGGUCCUUGAAUGAAUCUCUUCAGGUAAAAUAUAAUAUUAAAGGGACUGGACAGCAUAUUUCAAGUGACCCUUUAUCUGAUCCAAGAUAUGGUAGUUAUUGUCUUAUUUCUAGGUUUAAAAGUAUUUAAUUCUUACAAUACCUA